ACGCAAAGCUCUGAACUGGUUUGUAUUGUAAAGUUUUGAUCUUUAGCUGAGAUCCCAAAACUCGCUUGUGUACUGUGAUCGUAUAUACUCUUCUCAUUGGCGCCUCUUCUUCCAAAUCACAUAUCAAAAGGGUUAUUUUCUGACCAAUCAGGCCGCCGUCUGAGUUCGAUUGCCGAUCAUGGGGUUGGGAUCCCUCGCUUCCCGAGUUGUCAGGCCGUCUUCCAGGCUCCUCAGCUCCCAAAACCCUAGAAAUCUCGUUAAUGUCCGACCCAUUGUCUCCACCACUGAGCUUCACAACGCUGAUGCCGCCUCCGCCGCCCAGGCCCAGGUCGAUCCUGCCCCGCCUCCUCCUCCUCGGACCCCCGUUGGUGGCGCCCGCGUCCAUUUUUCAUCUCCGGAGGACGCCAUCGAGGUCUUCGUUGAUGGGUACCCUGUCAAAAUCCCUAAGGGUAUGACGGUUCUUCAGGCCUGUGAGAUUGCUGGGGUCGACAUUCCUAGAUUUUGUUAUCAUAGUCGGCUCUCGAUCGCUGGAAACUGCCGUAUGUGCCUUGUUGAGGUCGAGAAAUCCCCGAAGCCCGUUGCUUCUUGCGCUAUGCCUGCUCUUCCCGGAAUGAAAAUUAAGACUGAUACGCCACUGGCGAAAAAGGCUCGAGAAGGCGUGAUGGAAUUCUUGUUGAUGAAUCAUCCAUUGGAUUGUCCAAUUUGUGAUCAGGGUGGAGAAUGUGAUCUUCAGGAUCAGUCUAUGGCAUUUGGGUCUGAUCGUGGUCGGUUUACUGAUGUGAAGAGAUCAGUGGUCGACAAGAAUCUCGGCCCGCUUGUGAAAACUGUAAUGACACGAUGCAUUCAGUGUACCAGGUGUGUAAGAUUUGCUACAGAGGUUGCUGGGGUUCAGGAUCUUGGCAUGUUAGGUCGUGGUAGCGGUGAAGAAAUUGGGACUUAUGUUGAAAAGCUAAUGACUAGUGAGCUAUCAGGGAAUGUCAUUGAUAUUUGUCCUGUGGGCGCAUUGACUUCAAAACCUUUUGCUUUUAAAGCCCGGAAUUGGGAAUUGAAGGGUACCGAGAGCAUCGAUGUUACUGAUGCAGUUGGAUCCAACAUUCGUAUCGAUAGUCGAGGUCCUGAGGUUAUGCGUAUUGUGCCUCGAUUAAAUGAGGAUAUUAACGAAGAAUGGAUAUCAGACAAGACUCGCUUUUGUUACGAUGGUCUCAAGAGACAGAGAUUGAAUGACCCAAUGAUCCGUGGUGCUGAUGGACGUUUUAAGGCUGUCAGCUGGCGCGAUGCCCUUGCUGUGGUUGGUGAAGCUGCCCAUCAGGUUAAACCCGAGGAAAUCGUCGGAAUUGCUGGUAAACUGUCUGAUGCAGAGUCCAUGAUUGCUUUGAAAGAUCUCUUAAAUAGGUUGGGAUCCAAUAAUGUAUGGUGUGAAGGAAACGGACCACAACCGAACGCAGACCUGCGAUCCGGGUAUAUCAUGAAUAGCGGUAUUGCUGGUCUAGAGAAGGCAGAUGUCUUUCUUUUGAUUGGCACUCAGCCAAGGGUUGAAGCUGCUAUGGUGAAUGCAAGAAUCCGAAAGGCAGUAAGAGCAACUCACGCUAAAGUCGGUUAUGUUGGCCCGCCGACAGAUUUCAACUAUGAUCAUCAGCACCUCGGGACUGGACCUCAGGCGCUUGUUGACAUAGUCGAGGGUCGCCAUCCCUUCUGCUCGAUCCUGAAAAAUGCCAAAAAUCCAGCUAUCAUUGUUGGUGCUGGACUUUUCGAAAGAAAGGACAAAGAUGCAAUCUUUUCUGUAGUUGAAAACAUUGCCAAACAAAAUAAUGUGGUCAAACCUGAUUGGAAUGGUUACAAUGUAUUGCUUUUGAAUGCUUCCCAAGCUGCAGCUCUCGACCUCGGACUUGUGCCAGAAUCAAUAAACAGCGUCGAGUCUGCUAAGUUUUUGUAUUUGAUGGGAGCCGAUGAUGUAGAUUUUAAGAAGGUCCGAAAGGAUGCUUUUGUGGUUUACCAAGGACACCACGGCGACAAGGGCGUCUAUCGAGCUAACGUAAUUCUCCCUGCAGCAGCUUUCAGCGAAAAGGAAGGAACCUACGAAAACACCGAAGGUUGCACCCAACAAACAUUGCCUGCAGUGCCAACAGUUGGCGAUGCACGAGAAGAUUGGAAGAUCAUUCGUGCUCUCUCCGAGGUUGCUGGUCUGCGAUUGCCAUACGAUUCCCUCGGAGCGAUAAGGUCCCGGAUAAAGACCGUGGCCCCAAACCUCUUGCAGGUAGACGAAAGAGAGGCAGCUACAUUUUCUGCUUCGAUUAAGCCCGAAAGCACCGAGAAGAUGGAAAUGGUUGAUUUUGGCAGCACCAUAGAAAACUUCUACAUGACUGAUGCCAUUACAAGGGCAUCAAAGAUCAUGGCACAAUGCAGUUCAUUGCUGGCUAAAAAGUGAGAUUUUCUUCAUUAUUUUUCUUAAUUAUUUGCUUUAUAAAUAUCAUAGUUGUCUGCAAGGGGCUUCUCUUGUUAGACCAGACAUCUGGAACGCCUUCAAGUAAGCUUCUAAUAAAAGUGUCCACCCUUUAUUUGUUUCACUGUAACACGUUUUGCAACGGGAAACCUUUUCUUUGAAA